AUGAGUGGUGAACCAGUAGCUAAACGUACUAAAAUGAAUGCUCUUGAGCAGCUGAAGCAAUUUUCCACGGUCGUGGCCGAUACCGGUGAUUUUGAAGCAAUGAAAGCUUACAAGCCAACUGAUGCCACUACAAACCCAAGUUUAAUCCUAUCGGCUGCUGGGAUGGAGCAGUAUCAGCAUUUGCUAGAUAAAGCCAUUAAACAUGGAAGAGACUGUGGAGGAACCAUUGAGGAGCAGAUAACAGAAAUUUUAGAUAUGCUGAGUGUAUUGUUUGGAUGUGAAAUUCUUAAAAUUAUUCCAGGCCGAGUUUCAGUAGAAGUCGACGCUAGGUUAUCGUUUGAUAAGGAAGCAAGUAUGGCCAAAGCAAUUAAAUUAAUAAGUAUGUUUGCUGAACAAGGAAUUAAGAAAGAAAGGAUUUUAAUCAAAUUAGCUUCCACGUGGGAAGGCAUUCAAGCUGCCAAGGAACUAGAGAAGAAACAUGGCAUUCACUGUAACCUGACCCUUCUUUUCUCACUGUACCAAGCCAUUGCAUGUGCCGAAGCAAACGUUACUUUGAUAUCACCCUUCGUUGGGCGUAUUUUAGACUGGCACGUAGAGCAUACCAAGAAAACGUUCGAAGCUAAGGACGACCCGGGCGUGUUGUCGGUGACUCGCGUGUAUAACUAUUACAAGAAAUUCGGGUACAACACUCAGGUGAUGGGCGCAUCGUUCCGAAAUACCGGCGAGAUAAUAGAGUUGGCCGGAUGCGACCUGCUCACUAUUAGCCCGAAACUGCUUCAGGAGCUAUCUAGCAGUGAGGAACCUAUGAAAAGGGCGCUGGAUCCAGAGUCCGCGGCUAAAAGCGACACUGAGAAAAUUUCCUUGACGGAAGCACAGUUCCGCUGGCACUUGAACGAAGAUCAAAUGGCUAACGACAAGCUCUCUGAAGGCAUUCGGAAAUUUGCUGCCGACACCAGAAAGUUGGAGUCCCUGAUCAAGUCGCUGUUAGCCAAAAAGUAG